CCCUCCGGUUGAAACACUCCUUCCGAUUGGUCAAUCAAAAACGCAUGCGUACUGGAAGGCGCUAAAAAUUGGAGAAGAUGAUCGUCUGGAGGUUAGAAUUUACAGAAACGGCCUGAAACUUUCUAAAUUCAUCGAAAGGAAGAGUUUUACUGGCAACAUGCUUGACGCAAUGUAGGAUCGUGAUCUGAGAAUAAGCAGUACUGGAAACAAACAGGAACGUGGCGCGAAAGUUUCUUGAAAACAGCCUAGGUUUGCUGUCGGGUGGGAGGGCAUCCAUCUGACACCGGGCAAACCGACGUCGACUACACCUUUUACAACGGAACGAAGGACAGUGAGCUUGUUCUUAAGGUUAAAGACAGUAAAAUCAUCGGUAACAUAAAUGGAUGCAACCUUGAGCAUGAGGAGGGACGUGAGGAUCCUUCUUGUUGGAGAACCUCAAGUAGGGAAGACCUCCCUGAUCCUGUCCCUCGUUAGUGAAGAAUUUCCAGAUGAGGUGCCUCCCCGUGCAGAGGAGAUCACUAUCCCAGCUGAUGUCACCCCUGAGAAGGUCCCCACACAUAUAGUGGACUACUCUGCACAAGAACAGACAACAGAUCAGUUAAAGGAUGAAAUCUUAAGGGCAAAUGUAGUUUGCAUUGUGUAUGCUGUGGACAAUGAGCAUUCAGUUCAGAUGAUCACUCAGAAGUGGUUACCAUUUAUCCAUGAGACAGUGGGAGAAGACCUGAGGAUGCCAGUAUUACUGGUAGGAAACAAGUCUGAUCUGCAAGAAGAGAGUUCAAUGGAGUCCAUCAUACCAAUAAUGAAUCAGUUCCCAGAAGUAGAAACUUGUGUUGAGUGCUCUGCGAGGAACCUUAAAAAUAUCUCGGAGCUGUUCUACUAUGCACAGAAGGCUGUCCUCCACCCUACAGCACCUCUGUACUGUGCAGAGGAAAAAGAGUUAAAAGUUCCCUGUGUUAAGGCUCUGACCAGGAUAUUCACGAUCUGUGAUGCUGACAAUGAUGGUUUGUUAAAAGACAGAGAGCUCAAUGAAUUCCAGAAGAGAUGUUUCAAUGCUCCACUAGCGCCCCAGGCCCUGGAGGAUGUCAAAGCUGUGGUGAGGAAGAACUGUCCUGAUGGCACCAGGGAUAACGGACUCACUCUGCCAGGCUUCCUGUUCCUGCACACCUUGUUCAUACAGAGAGGCAGACAUGAGACCACAUGGACAGUACUCAGGAAGUUUGGGUAUGAUGACAACCUACAACUCACAGAAGAGUACCUGUAUCCAAGCUUUAGAAUUCCUGUUGGCUGCACUACCGAGCUGACCCACCAGGGGUACUCGUUCCUCACCAUGCUGUUUGAGAAGUAUGAUGUGGAUGAAGAUGGCUGCCUGUCACCUGAAGAGCUCCAGAACCUGUUCAGCGUGUGUCCCAUAAUGCCUUGGGGCCCGGAUGUAAACAACACAGUGGUGACCAAUGAACAAGGCUGGAUCUCACUACAGGGGUACCUCAACCAGUGGACACUGACGACAUACCUGGAUGUGCCCCGUACUAUGGAGUUCCUGGCCUACCUGGGGUACAUCGGAGGGGAACACGAAAACCAGCUGUCAGCAAUCACGGUGACGCGGGAGAAGAGAGCAGACCUGCAGAAGAAACAGACGAUGAGGAGCGUGUUCCAGUGUAACGUCAUCGGACCCAAGGGUGCCGGCAAAACUGCCUUCCUACAGGGGCAUCUGGGAAGGAACUCUGAGUGGCAGUCCAGGCUGGCAAAGGAACACCUGUCCAGGUAUACCAUCAACCUGACACAGGUGUACGGACAGGACAAGUACUUACUGCUCCAUGAGAUAGACGUGGGGAUUUCUGACAUCCUGACUCCAGAGGACAUGGACUGUGAUGUGGCCUGUUUACUUUAUGAUGUCACCGACCCGAGGACCUUUGAAUACUGUGCCAGAAUGUACAAGCAACACUUUAUAGACAGUAAGGUGCCGUGCUUGUUAGUUGGAGCCAAGGCUGACCAGGCAGGGGUAACUCAGGACCAUCCCAUCCAACCUGAGGAGUUCUGUAAGAAGUACAAACUGCCUCCACCGCAGGGCUUCACCACCAAGGUCACGGUCAACAGGGACGUCUACAUGAAGCUGGCCACUCUGGCCAACUACCCGCAUGCCCACUGGCUGUUGCAAUGCUUGUGUUCGUGUGACAAGUGUGCAACUUGCUGGUGCCAAAAGGCCUACAACGUCGUGCGCCAUUCUCUUCUCACCCCCAUAAUACACAGGCACCUGAAGAACAUGCAGAGUAAGAACUCCCAGUUCUGGCUGAAGGCAUCAGUAGGAGCUGCAGUGGUGGCAGCCCUGGGCAUCAUCCUGUACAAGAGCAUUAGUAGAUAACCAGCCCUGAAGGCCUUCCUGCUUUGGUGUCAACAAUGUAUAGCUAGAAGGCUUCUGUAGGCUGGUGUGUAACGCUAGUUCACUUGUAUUCCUGGACUUUUUUGGUAAAAGUCAAUUGACACUAAUCUAGCAAGAGACUAAACCAUUAUAUUUGUUUGUUAUAUGUCAAUAUUAUGGAUUGCCACAUUGUCACUUAUGCCAUACAGUCAUAUUUUCUCUCUCGUCCUGCUGAUAUGAAAAUAUUGCAACUUGAAAGCACUGUCCAUCACAUUGAGAACUGCCAUGUUUCAUAUGAAUGUAGCCUUUAUCUAUGGAAAGAUUUGUCAUGAUUAUCGUGCCACUAAUAAUCUUUUAAACAGCAGCUAUUGUUCCUUUUUUGGCUUGAAGAGAGUGCUUUUGUAUAAGAAUGUCUAAGCAAAAGUAAUUAUGACAAAAUGACCGUUAAGUAACAUGCCGUGAGCAGUAGCAUUUUGGUAAUAGAAUAAUGUUGCCUCAGUAGUUGUGCACUAUUCAUUAGGACAUUAAAGUCUUGUUUACAGGUAUUCCAAUACAAGUAAUAAGGUUGUAGUGCAACAUUCUGUAAAAUGUCUUGCAUUUUUCCUCCACUUCCAACUUUGACAUCUUCAUGUAAAAUACGAACACUGGACAUGAAGGGGAGUGAUGUCGAAUUGCUGCAUUCAUAUCUAAGAUGAAGCACAUUCAUACCUAAGAGAAAGCAGUGACAAAACAUUGUUUUAUUAUGCUUGAUCAGAACCUCAGUCCAGUCAGCAAAAGCAAAAGAUAUUUUAAUGUCUUUUCAAAAAAAUUGGGUUGAGGUGGAAGCAUUUGUUUUAUAUCCCAGCAUACAACAAUGUAGUUUUCCCAUGAUUCGCUCAGACCUUCCAACACGGGAUGGAAUAUUUUUUACCUCCUCAUCUCAAAAUGCAUCGAAGCUUUUCAGACAGUGACCUGGACACUUUAGGCUCUUCAGUUUACAAUUCUGGCAGGAUUUCUGACAUUACAUUUGAAUAUAUCUGUUAUUACCCCGUUUUUAAAUACUACAAAUACUAGGUAACCUCAAUGGAUAAAGGUGAACUAGCGUUCCAUGUUUUGGGAACACCUGACUUACAUGUACCUGAAUAGCAGUGUCAAAUCACCAGUCCUGUUACAUGGAUUUUGUUACAUGAGUAAGUUAGAGACAUAAUUGAUAACUAGAUACCAUUCAUGUAUCAAAUUUUGCUGUAUGAUAUUCAAAACUAUUAUAAAAGGGAAGUCCGCUGUGGACUUUUCACUUUUUUUCAUGAUAAUAUAUGCUGUUGAAAUGUUUUACCAAUAUUUAUUUACUCUAGUUAUUGAAAUAUGAUCUUGAUUUUUUUUUCACAUACAAAGCUUAUUCAUAUGCAAAAUGUACAUGGAUAUCAAAUUGCUACUUAAGCAAGUAAGCAAACAAUCAUCAAAAUGGUUCAUGGGACAGCCCAUACAUAUUUUUAUUAGACAUAAGAUAUAGGAACAUUGAACUAGAAUUGGAUUGGUCCUUUUAAGCCUUUCUGUGAAAGAUGACACAAAUGUAAAAAUUACAUGUAAUCAUUGAUUUACACAGAAAUGAUGUGAAAGUUUAAGAUAUUGUUAUUCCCAACUCUCUUUGUGAGGCGACAGUCAUAAUUGUAAAAGUGGCCCUGCUGGGUAGAUUACGAGCUGGUUUCUUUGCACUUUCGUUCGGUGUCCCUUAGGACAACCUGCUUGUUCCCCAGAUUUUUGUAACUCCUAGUUUGAAUCAAUCCAGGACCUGGCAAAAUGAUGAUGUGUCUUCAUCUGAAAACACAGAGGUACCCUCCGGUAUUCAGCAGUCCACCGGGACAACUUUGUAGCUUCAGAUCCCAGCUAGGACAAAAUGUUUUAAAAGUUUCCUUUCGGCUGAUAGCAAAUUUUUACAUGAACCUUUGUCCUGUUGCCAUAUUGAUACAGUAGUUCUCCUGCAUUAAUCUCUGCAUGAUUGACAUGAUUGUUGAAUAUCUUAGUUUCAUAUACAUGUAUACAACAAAAAUCCGCCUUAAGGAUGUGGUGCUCUCUUUUUUGGAAAUGAAAUGAAUAACUUUAUAUAUUUCUUGAUAUGUGACUCGAUAGCAAAUUUUGCAGAAAGAGCUGUUUCUUUUUUAAUCUUUGGCAUGUAUUCUUGUACAAAUCUUUGCUCUGUUGUUGAGAUUACUGUAUUUGAUCUUUUGGGAUGUUGCUUAUGAUAGUAGUUCAAGAAUUUGUCCAGUUGCGGAUUUCCAUUAUGAUGUGUGAAAUGUUGUACAGAAGAAUGUGAAAAUAAGCUUGAGGUACUUAUUGGUGCAAAUCAGUGUGUAUGAUAAAUAAGUGUUUAAAAUGUUCGUUUCCAAAUCCAUGUUUUCUGAUUAAAAUAGCAUACCUACUAUAAAAGA